AUGGGACGUUCGCUGAUGUUCGCCACGCUCGUCGCCCUUCUGGGCUUGUGCGCUGCUCAGGAUCCUCAGGAGAACCUGUCCUCCAUCAAUCCUCUCCAGGUGGCUACAGGAGUAGUGAACGGACUCCUGCACAAGGGCCAAGCUCCCAUCCCCACACCCACACCAGCACCCUACGAUGCGAACAAGAUCUGUGACAACAUCUCCUUCCCACCAACUUUCCCCAUCGGCCCGGCCUUCACACUGUCCAAGACAGUCUUCUCAGCUGCAGACAUCGCCUUCCAGCCCAAGCCCAACUACGUGCAGCAGACUCUGAACUACACCGCUGUGAAGCCGUUGUACGAUGCUGUCGCCGCCUAUGCUGCCACCCAGGGACUCACCCUUGCCAACCGUGGCGAGGCCCACAUCACUGUGCUGACUCCUCCUGAGUACCUUAACGUUCUGCAGCCGUUCAUCAGCAUUGACCAGAUCAACGCCAUUGCAGCGCCCCUCAAAGCGCGGUUCUGCGUGGUGUGCCUGGGCCGUGACACUCUGCCAGUCAACGGAACACUCAACACUGUCUUCAACGUCGUCGUGCGCUCGCCUGACCUGGCGGCCGUGCGCACACAGAUCUUUGAGGCGUAUGUGAAGGCCGGGGGCGACGGCUCGCGCUUCAGCCCUGUCAACAUCUUCGCUCCCCACAUUACCCUAGGGUUCCGCGCCACCAACCCCAGUUUCGUGGGAGGCGACCUUUUCGUUGAGAACGGUAUCUUCAAGUGGGACAACAGCUGUUUCUCACCGAUAACUCUGGUCUAAGCCUUAGGCUGAGGGCCGGUGAAUUCACCAGAAGGUGUCUGCUGACAGCGAGUACCAGAUUAACAGUCAGCCUCUUCCUGGGCAGCAACAGCAGUGAUGGCAAUUGCCAUCAGAUGGAGACUUGCAAGCAUUAUUUUGUGUGCUAGCUGCACCUGCGUGGCAGGAAAGUAUCCGAAUAAUCUUUCCGACUGAUCAGCAUGGAUACUCACAAUCUACUGGCAUCAGCUCAUGAUUGUUUUGUGAGUUUGAAUGGUAGCUUGUCUGCAGAGUAAGUAAACUCAUGUCAGUCAAAAUCUCCACACUGCCAUUGUGGCUGUGGGAUUAAGUGCUUCAGCUUCAAACCUUAGUGACCUGAGCAGAAUUUUGAGACAAAUAUCAGAAUCUUUUUCACGGCAAGAAGGACAAAUUGAUUAGUACAGAGAGAUAGAGUAGACCGGUAGAAGUGGCAAUCUGCUCCAUUGCCAGCAAGUAAACAUGCAAGCCAU